AUGAAUAAUAACAAGCUUGAAGGACCAUUAUCACGACAGGUUGGAAAUUUGACAAUGCUUGCCUGGUUUGAUCUUUCCAAUAAUUAUCUUGCAGGUGUAAUUCCACAUGAAGUUGGUAACCUUCCAGAGUUGACAGACCUUCCAUUGUCUUACAAUGAAUUUAGUGGGUCGAUCCCUAUUGGUAUCUUCAAUAUCUCACCCCUUGUAACUAUUGGACUCACAGAAAACCACAUUUCAGGUGGAAACAACAUUAAUGGUGUUUUACCUGGUUCCAUCUCAAAUUUGUCUAAGCUCACCUUUCUCGAACUCUUUAGUAAUGAAUUUACUGGUUCAAUUCCCGAAUCUCUGGGAAAUUUAAGACAACUUGAACUUCUCAACUUGUACGGUAACUCCUUUACAAGUGGAUUGAGAUUCAUUACUCCUCUGGCCAAUUGCUGUAAUCUCAAAGGCAAUGUUCCAAGUGAGAUCAGAAAUAUGAGAAAUUUAUCUACUUUGUCUCAGGGAGCUACCCAACUUGGGCAUGCUAACACCAUUAAUAAGUGGUCCUUUUCCAAUCCUUUUCCUAGUUGCUUGGGGACUGUGACAUCCCUAAGGGAGGUUUAUCUUGAUUCCAAUAACUUCACUGCUAGCAUACCUUCAAGUCUAUGGAACCUCAAAGACAUUUUAAAGCUGAACUUGUCUUCUAAUUUCAUCAAUGGUUCUCUACCACGAGAAGUUGGAAAUCUCAAGGCUGCAAUACUUUUGGAUCUUUCCAGAAACAAUAUCUCAGGCAACAUUCCUAGUACAUUGGGAGUUUUGCAAAAAUUGAUUCAACUGUCUUUGGCUCAUAACAGAAUUGAAGGGUCUAUUCCUGAUACAUUUGGGGAACUCAUAAGUUUGGAAGCGAGAUCUCUCAUAUAA